GGAGGAGGAGCGGAGCCGGGUCGACGGGUCGGGGGCCUCGGGGCCCCGGAGCGGGGGCGCCGGGGGCUCCGAGCCCGAGGGGAGGGCGGGGAGAGCGGGAGCAGUGCGGCCGGGGGCGCCACCCCGGGGGCCUCCCGGUGGCGGCGGCCGCUCACUUGUCGCUCACUUGGCGGCCCGCGGGGUGCCUUCGGGUUAGUGCAGAGCUCUAACGAGCGGGAAGCGGGCUGCUGGGCUCUCGCAGCCCUCCCUGACUCCUUUUGAACUUGGUACAGUUGGGCAAGUCUUUGGGAAAAAGCUUUACUGGUCUGAUGAGUGGGGUUCUCCCUCUUUGAGAAGAAAAGGAAACGAGAAGUAAGGACGUUGUUUUUAUUUACCACAGCCGACGAUUAGUAGCACCUUUGUCUCAAUUAUAUGGACUUCGUUUAGGUAGAAAUCAGCGUUAACCCAUUUCUUCUCCGAAACAUGAGUCGCGGACACCGGUGUUGAGUCACUUUAGUCCCCAGACACGACAAAGCUGAUGAAAUAGUGCGGAGACUUUUAUAAUAGCCGCGAAGAAGGAACAGAACCCUGACAGCUGUUAGAAAUUGCAGUUUCUCUUAUUCUUUACCUUUGAUUUGUGCCUUUUUAGAAGGCACCUAGCAAGGUUCCCAGAACAUGCUGGACAGGGAGUAGACAAAUUAUUCAACAUAGUUCUUUAUCCUACUGCACGAAUACCAGGUCCCCCUAACUUUAAAAUCGCUGAGACCUUCCGUGUACAGCGCUCAGGAAAGCAGCUGUCAGCUGACGAUCAAAUUUUCAGCAGUUUUGGCUUACAGGAUCAGCCUGAAGGUCUGACUAAAACAGAGAGCCCCUUUUAACAGUACCUCUUAGCUCCGUAACUUCCUAAAAUUUGUUCCUUUCAAGCCUGAUUUGGCGGGCUGAUGAGACUGUAGCCACCUUCCCUUUAAAUAAAUAGAAACCUCGGUGCACGAUAGAGGUCCGGUAUGAAAAUUGUAAUAGAUUAUAUUAAUAAUUCAUGUUUUCUGGUGUGUUGUUUUUUUUUUUUCCUUUGGGUACCACGUUUUUCUCCUAGUUUUGGUCCUAUGUUGGGAUAGUAAGCUGCUUUCCCUUCAUAAUUUUAAAAUUUGAAUUUUUUUCUUUUCUUUGAACUUUUUCCUCUCAAGGAUGUUAAAUUGAAAAUAAUGUUUUGGCUAAUAAGAGCUAGGUACUAAAAAAAUAAUGUAUAAACAACUGCUUACUGAUUCGGAUACAGCUUUUAGAAAGAUAUUUAAGUGGGUUUGAUCCUGAAUGAGUAGAACACUUAAAGCAUUGUCAUAUUAAGUGUUGAUAAUUACACAAACAUUUUUGGUAUAAAUCUGUAAAUAGAUCAGUGUAAGCAGAUGCUUUCCCAGUGACUUGCUGGUCAACCUGGAAUCAUUUUGGAUAAAGAAGAAAACAGAGAAGGAACAAAGCAUUGAUUACAGAUGUCUUAAUAAUGAGCAAAUGUGGCAGGAAAAAAUAUAUUAAGACAAAUCUAAGACAAAUGACCAUGGAAACAAUUGAAUCUCAGCAGGAUGGAAGUGUAACAGAGUCUGUGGCUGAGAGUGAAUCUGCUCAUAUGCAGACCCAGACUGGUCAAAAUUCAAUCCCUACUUUAGCUCAGGUUUCUGUAGCUGGAUCAGGCACCGGAAGAGGCUCCCCAGCUGUAACUCUAGUACAGUUACCUUCGGGCCAAACUGUACAUGUCCAGGGAGUAAUUCAGACACCACAGCCAUCGGUUAUUCAGUCACCACAAAUACAAACUGUUCAGGUAGCAACAAUUGCAGAGACAGAUGAGUCUGCAGAAUCAGAAGGUGUAAUUGAUUCUCAUAAACGUAGAGAAAUCCUUUCACGAAGACCCUCUUAUAGAAAAAUACUGAAUGAACUUUCCUCUGAUGUGCCUGGUGUUCCCAAGAUUGAAGAAGAAAAGUCAGAGGAAGAAGGAACGCCACCUAACAUCGCUACCAUGGCAGUACCGACUAGCAUAUAUCAGACUAGCACGGGGCAAUACAUUGCUAUAGCCCAAGGUGGAACAAUCCAGAUUUCUAACCCAGGAUCUGAUGGUGUUCAGGGACUGCAGGCAUUAACAAUGACAAAUUCAGGAGCUCCUCCGCCAGGUGCUACAAUUGUACAGUAUGCAGCACAGUCAGCUGAUGGCACACAGCAGUUCUUUGUCCCAGGCAGCCAGGUUGUUGUUCAAGAUGAGGAAACUGAACUUGCCCCAAGUCACAUGGCUGCCGCCACUGGUGACAUGCCGACUUACCAGAUCCGAGCUCCUACUACUGCUUUGCCACAGGGAGUAGUGAUGGCUGCCUCGCCAGGAAGCUUGCACAGCCCCCAGCAACUAGCCGAAGAAGCAACACGCAAACGAGAGCUGAGGCUAAUGAAAAACAGGGAAGCUGCCCGGGAGUGUCGCAGGAAGAAGAAAGAAUAUGUCAAAUGUCUUGAAAAUCGUGUGGCUGUGCUUGAAAACCAAAACAAGACUCUCAUUGAGGAACUCAAGGCCCUCAAAGAUCUUUAUUGCCAUAAAGCAGAGUAACUGUCUUUGACUUGGACCUUGUUUAUUAUGAACUCUAAUCAAGGCAGGAGAUGCAGCAAUUCUACUAAUUGCCAUGUGGACUUGUGGAAGGGACACUUGUGACCCUUAAAAAUCCAGUUUGGCUUAGUGUUUGACAUUGAAUUGGGAACGCUGUUCCAAGAUUUGGAAUGCAGCCAUGAUCACAUUUACCAAGCUUACUUCAGUCUGCUUGUCCAUAGCAUGCAAAAAAAAAAAAAUGUUUUGUUUGCCCUUUUGCUUCUACUUUUUUUCAGGGAAGCUGCUAAAGAA